UUUCACUAUCACUUUUCGUUUUCAUAAUUUUUCAAUGUUUUUAACUUUUGAAGUUUUGAAUUUCAGUGAUUGCGAAUAAUUAUUGAUAAAUAUUUCAAUCUAAACGUAAAAUUACAUGUUUUCAGUAUUAACUUACAUUUCUCUACAUACAUAUUCACAUCUUUUUACCAUUAAAGCCUAAAAGUUAGAUACCUAUAUUGAUUUGGAACAAAUUACACCGCAUUCUAAUAUUUAAUGAUUGUUAUUAUCCUAAGUAGUCAUGCACGAAGCUUACGAAGUAUCUCACUUAUUGAACGCCACUGUACAAAUAGAGGCAAUCGCUGCGUAUGAUGGAAACUUAUUAUUGGGUACCAGACAAGGCCAUUUGUUGAUGUACUCUUUGUCAACUAACAAUGGCAAUCAGAAAUAUGAAUUGCAAUUGUUCCGCUACUGCAAAAAUUUCAGUAAGAAACCUAUUCAGCAAAUAGAAGUGAUACCAGAAGACCAUUUGCUUCUGUGCCUCACUGACAAUAUUCUAUCAACAUAUGACACAAACGGAGUUAAUUUUCCAUUGAUCAAGACAUUCCAUGAAACAAAAGGGGCUUCAUUGUUUGCUUUGAACAACAAGUCAGCUACCUCAAUAACUGGCGAAUCAAAUUCCUUAGUUCAGCUCUGUGUUGCUGUAAGAAGAAAACUACAAUUAUAUUAUGGAAAGAAUGGUGAAUUCAAAAAGGACCUGUACUUUGAAUUUUCCAUACCGGAUGUGCCAAAAGUGAUGGCUUGGGGUCAGCAGUACCUGUGUGUUGGAUUCAAAGGAGAAUACACUAUGUUUGAUCUAUCAACAAGAGAUCCCAAAGAAUUAUUUCCCACAAGUAGCUCAAAAUCAUUAGAGCCUACGAUAGCAAAAUAUUCGGAAACAUCAUUUCUAUUGGGCAGAGAUAACACUUCUGUAUUAGUAAAGGAAGGUAAAGAAAUUGAGUCUAUGAAGACUGUCAAGUGGAGGGAAGCACCAAUAGCUGUGGUAUGGGAUGAACCAUUUGUGUUAGGUCUCUUACAAGACCAAGUUAUAGUUCAGACUGUGGAGCCAUCACUGUUCAUACAGACACUACCUGAUCUCAAUAAAGCAAGACUGAUGUAUAGGUGUAAGCGUGGUCUGAUAUUCGUGUCGUCAGUGGGACAGGUAUGGUGCCUCAGCUCCGUCGACAUCACCAAGCAGAGGCAGCAACUGCUCAAGGAUAAGCAGUUCCAAAUUGCUAUUGACUUGACGAAUUUGUCGGACAGUUCUGUCGAAGAGAAAAAGCAGACCGUGCAUUCGAUUCAAAUGCUCUUUGCCCUCGAUCUGUUCGAGAACAAACAGUACUCGCAGUCAAUGAAAGAGUUUAUAAAGCUUAACACAGAUCCAGCUGACGUCAUCAAACUCUUCCCAGAACUAGACAAACCGGCUGAUAGUAAUAAAAAGAGCACAGAAUCUGAUUCAAAAAAGAAAGAUCAAGAAAGCGCUUUGAAUGCACUGAUAGAAUAUCUGUUAGCACUGAGAAGGACGAUUGGAGUAAAGCCAACGGAAGAGAGCACGAGUCAAGGCGAGUCGACCGGCCAGAGGAAUGUUACCCAGCAGUUGGAAUUGAUUGACACAACAUUGCUUAAGUGCUAUUUACAGACCAACGAUGCCCCCAUAGCGGCGCUGCUGCGUUUGAACAACUGCCGACUGGACGAGGCGGAGCGCACCCUGCUGCAGCACGGCAAGCACAGCGAGCUCAUCAUCCUGUACCAGACCAAGGGCCAGCACAGCAAGGCGCUGCAGCUGCUGUGGGAGCAGGCCAAGCAGCCCGACUCCAGCUUGAAGGGCUAUCACAGGACCAAACAUUAUCUGCAGCAUCUUGGUUCAGAACAUAUCAACCUGAUAUUCAAAUAUUCAGAUUGGAUACUAAAAGACUAUCCCGAAGAGGGAUUGAAAAUAUUCACAGAGGACAUAGUCGCAGUGGAGAAUCUGCCUCGACCGAAAGUUCUAGACUUUCUAUUGAGGGAACACGAAUCUCUAGUUAUCCCAUAUCUAGAACAUGUCAUCCACACUUGGAACGAUACAAAUCAAUUUUUCCACGACGCUUUGAUCAAAAUGUACAGAGAAAAGAUAACAGAUAAGAAAGCUAACGCUACUGAAGAAGAAUUACAGCACAUUAAGUCGAAACUUGUCGCAUUUUUGGAAACCUCGUCAUACUAUACACCGGAGAGAGUGAUCCUCCAUUUUCCAAAUGAUACGUUAUUUGAAGAGCGAGCGAUAAUUUUGGGAAAACUUGGUAUUCAUGAACAAGCUCUAGCUAUUUAUGUGCAGAUUCUCGGUGAUGUGGAAAGAGCCCUACGAUACUGUGAAAAUGUAAGCGAGAAAUCUAAAGACAAAAACGUCGAUGUGUACGUGAUUUUAAUGAAAAUCCUUAUGAACCCCGAGCAAAGCAAUUCUCUAACGGGCCCGCUGGCCAACGUAGCGAGACACCCGAAGUCAAGUGUUCAGGACAUGGAAACGGCUCUCAGUAUACUGGAGAAACACGCAGAUAAAAUAUCUCCAAUGAAGGCACUGUCAGUAUUACCAGAUGGAGUGCCGCUGGGUCGGCUGAAGUACUUCCUGGAGAGCGCUCUGGAAAGUCAACUAACUCUUAAGCGACGGACUCAAGUUCUCAAGGGUCUGUUGUAUGCUGAACACUUACAGGUCAAAGAACUGAAGCAUUACCACGAGUCGCAGAAGAUCGUGAUCCACGACUACGACCUAUGUCCGGUGUGCAAGAAGCGCUUCGGCAACCAGAGCGCGUUCGUGCGAUACCCCAACGGUGACAUCGUACACUACUCUUGUAGGCUCGACAAGUAAACCGCGAACUGAUGUAUAUGUCGCUAACUGAUGUAUAUGAUAUUAUAAUCUGUCGUCGUAACUGAAAAUACUGAUUACAAUUUAACGUACUAUUUUUCAGUAUUUUGUAAUCUAUCAAAAGUGAAACCGUUAAAUUUGUCAAUCAGGAUAAAUUUAUCAUAGAGUUACAAAAAUAUUACAGCGGGCAUAAUAAAAGUAGUAAAAAAUUACAAUGGACAAAAAUUAACAUCAAAUCAAUAACGACCGUAUUUUUCGUAUUCCUUGAAUUUUACAAAAAAAAUCUUAUUUAUUUCAAUGAUAUAAUACUUUUUAGAGACAAUAUCUUCUCACUGGUUAUGUAUUUAUUUAAGUUCCUGUUUAAAUAUAUCUUAAGUCUAAUCUAUAUAUACAAAAAUGAAUUGCUGUUCGUUAGUCUCGCUAAGACUCGAGAACGGCUGAGCGGAUUUAUCUCAUCUUGGUCUUGAAAUGUUCGUGGAGGUAUAGAGAAGGUCUAAAAGGUGAGAAAAACUAGAAUAAUUUCCGGAAAAACCAUAAAAACAACCGUUUUCUUUUUCUCAUACAAAUGUUUAAGAGUCAAGCAGAAGAAGUAGGGGUAGGGAGGGGUAGGGUAGGGUUAGAGUAGGGAUAGGGAAGAAGUGCAAAUAAGACAAAGCGAAGCUUGACCGGGUCCGCUAGUUAUAAAUAAUAUGCUUCACGAUAUUCGCUGUAUUUAAUAAGUAAAAUAAUAAAUAUGUAUAUCAAUCAAUAGAAAAAUGUAUAAAAAUGUAAUUUCAUAAGUAAAGUUCAUGUAUCAACAA